AUGAAAGAACAAAAAUUAAUUCAUGAAGGUUUAAUUACUGAAUCACUUCCCAAUGGCAUGUUCCAAGUUCGCUUAGAUAAUGGAGACCUGGUUCUAGGUUAUGUUUCAGGAAGGAUCCGACGUAGUUUUAUACGGAUAUUACCAGGCGAUAGAGUGAAAAUUGAAGUAAGUCGUUAUGAUUCAACCAGGGGACGUAUUAUUUAUAGGCUUCGCAACAAAGAUUCGAAUGAUUAG